AUGGCUGAAGAAACAUCCAACUACGCUGGUCUCGUGAAGCAAGGUAUCACAUCGAGCGCUUGCCCCCCAUAUGUGGUGGAAACGGAAGUGGAGCCGGAAGAGGGUGAGGUCCAAGAAAAUACAGAUCCUAAAGCAGCUUCCAUCUCUGAAAGUGCGAUCCAUAAGGAUUCGGAAGGCCCCUUGACUGGACAAAACAUGGACACUGUCAAGCCAUAUAUUCCCUCCUACUUAGCAGCACUCAAGUCUUACAAACCCACAGUGAUGUUGGAUGGCGUCCCGCUGAAGGUGAACCAAAAGCUAGACACAUGGUGCUCAUCGACCAAUGCUUCCAACUCAUUACUGGAGCCAGAGAGCGCAUCCUCUUGGGCAGACGAUGAUGAUAACUUUUUACUUUCCAUAGCGCGCUCCCAACAGCAGAAAGGGGGCGAAAUGCGAACAGUCAUCCCCCAUCAAGGCGCAAGCAGCGGCAAGAAAGGCAACAACGUGAAUGAGUAUCAUGGCAAUUAUCCGCCGAAAGCCAACAAACAGACAACAGAAGGAGGUGGGGAUAGCACCCAACCUGGCUACCCCGAACAGAGGGAAUGCAGAUGGAAGAAAGUGGAAAAAGGCACCUCGUCUAGUGAUCAUGUGGGGAGAAACCGAGGACACCAGCAUGGCGGGCGACAGGGCAGCAACGCAACGGAAAACAACAGUGGCAACCCCGCUUUUCUAUCUGGUGGGCGUUUUGACGCCCUGGCGAACGUCAAAGCAAAGAAGCGUAGAUGA